CGCGCACAAGGGGUUCUUGGGUUUUCCCACAGGCAACUCGACUGCGUGAAAACCCAGUCUCGCUGUGAAGAUAUAAAACCACGACUUUUCUCUUUCGUUCGCCCUCACAGUUGAAAUCAACAGUUGAUACAGCAAAGUGGGAGAUUUGUGUUGGAAAAUCUACUAAAGUACAGUGUUUAGGAGGACAUUAUUGAAGUAUUAUUAAUUCUUCUUCUCUGUAAACGGCUACGGAUAUUUGACCAAGACCCAAGCAUGCACGACAGCGACAAGUUCAAAACGAUGGAAGAAUCCAAACUCUCCCCAACUGUCUUCCGCUCAGACUCAGACAUAUCCACAGAUGGAGGGGACGAGCAGAUCGACUCGGGGAUAGACUCCAUAGAUCUCCACCGCUCAGAUAUGGCGCGCGCCUGCCCGCUAGGGGCGCUGGAAGACAUCGACGAAGACCAGGAGAAACACAACCUGGGCUCCAUAGACCUGAACAAAGCGCUGUCCGCCAUGAACAUAGACGGAGAGAGUCCGACGCCGGCCAAGGACAAAGACUCCGGCGUGUACAUGAGUUUUGUCAGCAACAACAGCGAGGAGUUGGGCCAGUUCAUCUCCAACUCCGUCGACGAUUUCGUGACGUUGGACGAUUCUUGUAAACGGUCGUUUAUGGAGGUGGAGGGCGGGGACGCCUUAACGCCCGAGCACGUGACUCCGGAGCAGAUCAAAGACUUUGUGGCCACAGACGAUAACGGCGAUAGUCUCCUCAACGUGUGCAUCAUCAACCACAGAACAGAGGAGUCCUUGACCCUCAUCAACAUGGCGCCAGACUACGACUGGCUCAACAUUCCCAACACCACCUGGCAGACGCCGCUCCACCUCGCCGCCUCCACAGGCCAGGAAGACAUUGUCCGUCGUCUCAUCUGUGCCGGGGCGAAUGUGCUCAUGCAGGACCACAGGGGCAACACCCCGCUACACUGCGCAUGUGCACACGGGUACGAACAGGUCGUGCGACACUUCCUGGUUCCGGUACAUUACGAGGAGACCCGGCAGAACCGUUACAAGAUCCCGUUCCAGAGACUGCCUCAGUGCUCCGGGGUUCGGAACUACGAGGGGGACACUUGCCUUCACAUCGCCGCCAAAUCAAGGAACCUCACCAUCAUGCGUAUGCUGUUGGAAGCCGGGGCGGACCCCAAUGUGGGAGAGGGAAAAGCUGGGAGGACGGUGCUCCAUCUGGCGGCAGAGAGCGGCGACGAGGCGAUGGUGCGCAUGCUCAUAGGCAAGAGGAAAGUGGAUCUCAAUGCUCUGGACUACGCGCGAAGAACGCCGGCUCGUUUGGCAUACGGGCGGGUGAAGCUUGGCAUCGUGGCGUUGUUGGAGCGACAUGGCGCCUCUGUGGUGGAGCUCAGCGACAGUUCCGACAGCGACUGGCACGAGGUGGAGAUGGAGUGCCGCUACCACGCCUCCGGCUGACCUCUGAACCCUUGAACUCUGAACUCUUAGCCCUGAACCCCCAUGCUCCCACCCGUGGCAUAUCGAGACACGAGAGACCCGGGAGUCUGAGAGCUGUACAAGGCGAUAGGCGAGGUCCCCCACCCCCCUACCACCCAUCGCGACCAUCCUCAUUUUCUGAAAGACAGAAUGGAAGGCCCUGGUUCGAAUCACGUCAGCAGAGGCUGUUAGUGUAUGUGACCCUAGAUUGAGUGUGUGUGUGGGGGGGGGGGGUCGGCUGAAGGCUGGUCACACCCCCUCUACUCCUACGUAUCGCGGACUGACAAUGCUUACAAGGAGACCCGCUUAAAAAGACAUGAAAUGCAUUGCAAAGUGUUUCAACAACAACAACAACAACACAAACAGCAACAACAACAAGUACAAGAGCAACAAAAACAACAGCAACAACAAUAACAAGAGGAACAACAACAACAACAACACGUACAAUAACAACAACAACACUUGCUUGAGGCUGGAGGAACAAAAGAGGCGGGAA